AUGGCGCAAGCUUCAGACAACUUGAUCAGUGGAGGACUGCCAUACCGGCCGCGGCAAGCGACGAGAAGCAUCGCCCGCGACUUUCCAGAGCUCGUCCCAGCGACGGAACAUAUCCCGGAACUUGAGGCUGUCUCUGCAGCAGCGACGGCUGCGUUUAGCGCCCACUAUGCCACCAUUGGGCAACUGAUGUCCUUCGGUACUAUCACACCACCAGCGGGUCGUGCUCAUCUCGCAAGACAGGUCGUUGCACUGGCCACAGGCGAAGGCGGAAACAUACUGCGGUUACAAUUGCUCUCGAAGGAGAAACGCGGAUGGGGAACGGGGCCAGACAGCGAUUCGCUUUGCUAUCUGGAGUGUCUCUCGUGGAAGGGGGAUUGUGGAUUCUGGAACCGGGACGCAACUGCCAUACAACAAGUCUGCUUCGCUCAGUCGGAGAAGCCCGGUUCUUUUCUAGCUGUGCGGCUCCCUCGAAGGGUCGCCCUCUUCCGUCCUGUUUACCACGAUCGUCCUACUGCUGCCACCAAAUCUCGGCUGUAUGACCUGCCGCCGUCGGUCAUUGAGAUUCGUCCUUUCCAUUCCGUAUGGACAGAGGAUACUGGGAGCAUUCCACAUGCUGAUGUGUCAUUCAACCCUCACUACCAACGCCAAUUUGCGAUCAUCGACCAGAAGUCGAGCUGGUCUGUGUGGGACAUUGAGGGCACGCGGCGGAACUAUCUAGUAAGGCAUGUGGCUUCCGGGAAUAUGUCCAUUGAAGAGAACCGCAAUGAGGAACAGGCGGGGGCCUUGGGAUAUUGGAAGGAAGACGGUUGGGCACGCAUCAUAUGGGUUGGCGAUGCCAACACUGUCCUGAUAUGCAGUCGCAAACGUAUUGAGCUCAUCAACCUCAAACCACACACUCGCUCCCUCCGUAUGCCGCAAGUGAUAGACUGGCAUUCGACUAAGAGCACUCCUAAUUCUUGGAUUCUGGAUGUCAAGAGACAUCCUUUGUUGGACGAGAAACAUUUUUUUGUUCUCACCUCUGCCCGGCUGUUCUUGUUCUCGCUGCCGUGCUUGAGCGAUGGACCGCGCGCCAAUCAUGGCAACACCGAUGCCGACAUCAUUCUCUCAUGGACGCAUUUUCGGGGGACAGAAGAUAUGACUCUGCAACUUUAUGCACAAUCGGUGUCAACUGAAGGUAUAUCGGUCCCUCAGUUAGUUUUCGGAUACGUACUGACACCUCUAGAAACGGUGGUUUUUAUCUAUUCUCGCGUGAACGCGCUUAUAACAGUGUACCGUUUGGUGAACCAGACAUCAACAGCGGCGCCGUAUCGUAGUUUUGGUCCGACCACUCUUCGUCUCGACAAGUUCGAGGGUGCGCAGGGCUCCAAAUUCAUCCUCAACUUCAACAUAGCGCGCCUUGACUUCAAGGACUCCACAGGAGCCUCUCGUGGAGUCGGCGACGACUACAGGGAUCGCGGCGUCCAGUUCUACCAGCUUUCCAUCUUCUUCAACGACCACAGUGUGGCUCAGACCAUGUUGUGCUCCCUGGACCAUAAUUUCAGUGACGGCGUCCUUGAUGACGUUAUGUCUACAUCCUGGGCGACUACUAUUAAACCUAUGGUCUUUCGUUCGAAAGAUGUAGUCGACAGCGACGAUGACGAUUUUGUUGAGCCGGACGGCGUAACCGGUUCGAAAGAGCCGCUGUUGAACCCCUCCUUUCAACAGCCCAAAUGCUACCAGCAGGUGAUCGGUCGCAUUCAGCGAGAUGUUUUCAACUUUACCGGUCUAUACGAGGCCAUCAGUUUGAAUAAACCGUUUCCACUGCAUCAUACAAGCGAUUCGCCGGAAAUUAUCGACAUGGCGACUUUAGUGGAAGAGAUCAAGUGGAGACUUGAUAGAGAAGAGAACGUAGAGCCCUUCGCGCUGGGAACUCUGCAAGAAUACGCAGAGGCAAUUGUAACUGUGGAUGACAUUGACGAUGCGUCUGCUAAGCUGCAAGAAAUAUGUCUCACAGAUGGACGUGCAUCUUCGUUGCAGCUUCGGAGAAUUGCAUCGGACUUCGUUCUCGGCUUUAGUGCCGAGGAAUCCCAGAACGCUCCUUCACUGUCAUCCAUCUACGAUCUUGUACUCCAAAACUGGCUCGUGCCCUUACCAGGAAUAGUUCCUGCCCGCAUUCGGCAAAAUAAGGAGCGCAUGGCACGUCGUCUUGCGAUCGGCGUAACGCUAGCCAGCACGCGUGUUCGCCCUCUCAGCGACGUCGUAGUCGGCACAAUUACGCAGCCUGAUCCACGUCAAGACAUUGCUGUUGCACGCUCGUCGUCCCCUCCGCAGUACUCCUCUCAAUCAGAUCGGCAAUCCCAAUCAUCACAGGCUGUUCACUCUGCUUCAUCGCCCUCAAGUACUCGUCUCGACGACCCGUUAACGCGCUUAAGCAAACAUCUGCAUAUGACCACCAUUACACCGCCGGAAGUACCUCCAAGCAUCAACCAAGUCCUUUCCCACUGGCAAGUUGGUGCCGACCCCUCCUCGUACGAUUGGGAAGCGAGCGAGCGAGCCUUUGCGGAGGAGCUCGAGCUUAUGCAAGAAGAAGGCACGCAGAAAAGACGUGAGAGGGCUCGUCGAAAGAAGGAGAGACAAGCGAAGAGGCAGAAGAAGGAAGACCAGCUGUUCACGGGCAGAGUCGAGAGUGGCAAAGUAGAAAGCCAGCCCCAGCUACUAAGAAGUUCACCUGGUCCCGCAUCUCCAACGAUUAGUAGCCAGGUACCUGCACCUAAUCAGUACCAGCCGAUUGUUGUGCAGAGCCAGGUCGAGCCGGGUAGGCACGGUGGAAGACUGAUGAAGAAGAAGAAGGUCAAGACCAGGAUGAGUGGGUUCUGA